CAUAUUAGAGAUUCUCUGACUCUAGUCAGAUAUCUUGCUGCUCGCCAUCUUGCCUGUCAUCCGCCUCGGUUCAAAGUUCACCGGCGCACGUGGCUGCACCAACAUGGCGGCGCCCUGUAGUUUCCAGUGAGAAGCGAAAGUGCUGCUUGAAGUCAUGGCGGAUGUCAGUGGCAUCCCUGAGGCCGACGCGUCCGCCUCAAAGCAGGAGAGGGCUGCUGAACACCCAGAGGACUCCACGGACGCUGCAAAACCAGAAGCCAAAGCUGAAGCCGAGAGCGAGGCAGGGUCCGACCCCAGCAGGUACCGCUACAUCAAACAGGACCUCUUCACGUCCGAGAUCUUCAAAGUGGAGAUCCAGAACCUGCCCAAGUUCAUCGGCUUCAACGACCUGAAGAAGUUCCUGGCCAAGCACGGCCUCAACCCCCACAAGAUCAAGCUGUUCGGCAAGCAGACGUUCGCCUUCGUCACCUUCAAGAACGAGGAGGAGCGUGACAAGGCCAUGAAGAUGGUGCACGGCGUGCAGUGGAAGGGCCAGGUGCUCAGUGUCAGGCUGGCCAAGCCCAAAGCGGACCCCAUCCUGAGGAAGAGGAAGCAGGAGGAGGGGGAGGGUGCGGGGCAGCAGCCCUCCUCCAAGCGGCAGGAGGCAGAUGAAGACGAGGAGCCCUUCAGCCUACAGAUAGCCAAGGUGGUGACUCCUCUGUGGAACGUGCCCUAUGACGAGCAACUGAGGAGGAAGGAGCAGGAGGUGGUGGGGGUCCUGCAGAGGUUGGCCAAAGAAAUUGGCAGCACCAACAAAGCCAUGUUGCCGUGGCUGUUUGCGCAGAAGGGGAAGUACAACAAAAUGUGCUGUCCGCUAGAAGCCAUUCGUCCAUCUCCCUCUCAGACGGAGUACAGGAACAAAUGUGAGUUUGUCAUUUCCAUGGGUGCAGAUGGUGAGGACAAGACAAUCGGUUUCCGUCUGGGAAAAUACAAAGGAGGCUCGUGCGCUGUGGUGGGGCCGCAGGAGACCAGCCACGUCUCCGCUGAGGCCAAGAGGGUGGUCAGCGAGUUCCAGAAAUUCAUCAGGACAACACCAUACUCUGUGUACAGUCCUGAAACAUAUGAGGGCCACUGGAAGCAGCUGACCGUGCGGACCACGAGGACCAAACAAGCCAUGGCUAUGGUGUACUUCAACCCACAAAAACUUGAUGAAGAGGAACUGGAUGCACUAAAGAGCUCUUUAAGGAAGUACUUCACAGAAGGAGAGGGGAAAGACAGCGGUGUAACCUCCCUUUACUUUGUCAGGGAGGGUCAGAGAACGUCCCCCAACCCGGAGGAUUUGCCCUGUGAGCUGGUGGCAGGAGAGAGCCACAUCCAUGAGGAACUGCUGGGUCUAAAAUUCAGAAUAUCGCCUCAUUCCUUCUUCCAGGUGAACACAGGAGCUGCAGAGGUGCUGUACUCUGCUGUGGGGGAGUGGGCCCAGCUGGACCAGGACAGCACAGUACUGGAUGUUUGCUGUGGGACAGGAACCAUCGGCAUCUCUCUGGCUCAGAGAGUAAAGAAGGUGAUUGGGAUUGAGCUUUGCCAGGAGGCAGUGGAAGACGCCAAAGUGAACGCAAAGCUCAACGGGCUAAGUAAUGUUGAAUUUCACUGUGGGAAGGCUGAAGACGUGUUCCCCAGCGUUCUCAAUGCUCUUGUGUCGCCCAACAUCACAGCCAUAGUGGAUCCACCCAGAGCAGGCUUGCACUCCAAGGUCGUCCUUGCCAUCAGGAGAGCAGAACAUCUGAAGAGGCUUGUUUAUGUGGCAUGCAAUGCCAAGGCAGCCAUGAACAACUUCAUAGACCUGUGCAGAGCACCCUCCAACAGAGUUCAUGGAGCCCCGUUCCGUCCAGUGCGAGCCAUGGCUGUCGACCUCUUCCCCCAGACCAUGCACGUGGAGAUGCUCCUGCUGCUGGAGCGAGUGGACUACAACUCCCAGGAGAACAGCGAUAAGGAGGAAGAGACUGCCUCUUAGCAUCUGUGACUGGCCCUGUUUAGCUCUGUGGGGAGCACAGAGGUAAAUCCAGCAGUGUUAGGGAUUUGAUCCCUGCUGGAGUCAGCUGUACUGUCGAUGGAUGCACGCUUGGUACUGAGGAGCAUAUCUGGAUUAAUUCAUGGCAUCUUAAGUUAAUGUUAGCACUCAAAGUCUUGGUCUUUCUCAGUUAUUUUGAGUGAGGUGUUGGCAAGCCCCUCAAAGUGUGUAAAACUGCAACAUUUGAGGCCUUUACAAAAGAAUGAGCAUGUCUUAAGUCCAGUUAUUGACUUUUUUCACCACGCAAUAAUUUCCUGGUGUCCUUGUCUUAUUCUGCCUGUUUAGUGUCAAACUGUUUCACUGAUGUGCUGUUUUAUGUUCAGAGCCUCUUAAUUUGUGCAUAUUUCAACUUUCAUUGAAUAAAACCAACCUCUGUGCUUGUUA